CAUUCGUAUUCCAUACACUCCACCAUGAGAGCCAGCUACGUGUUCUUGUGCAUCAUACAAAUAGCAUCAGACGUAUUAUCAGUGAAAGUAAAAGUCAUCAUGCAUUCCGAUGAAGAUUCCAGAGUAGAAGAUGAGGUACAGACAGAAUCGUGGGAUUACAAGAAGAAAAUAGAAAUUACUAUGUUACCGUUCCUUAGAAAGCGGCACGAGAAGAAACCUAUAGUAGAGUAUGAAGAGGAAAACUCUACCACAGAGAAGCCAAGGCAGCACCCAAAUGAACUGCUCUUUCCGUUAAUUUAUCGGCAGAGUCACAUAAAGAGUAUGUUCAAAUUUGGCGAGAACUGGUACACCUGGUCUUCGGACAAACGGGCGGACGGCUCGAAGGCGAUCAAUUAUUAUAUAUGUUAUGAUGAACCUAGACAUUGCGAUGAAAUUGGAUGGGAGCGCGCAGAUACUGUACCGAACUGUGCAUUCCAAAUUGAAGCAUUAACGCAGGACGAUCGCGCCUGUAUCAAUACCUUCGGCAUCGAAACCAGGCCGAGCGCCACGUGCGACGGUGGCGAACUUAUGAAGGUUAGCGAAAUAGUACGUUCGUGCGGGCCUCGCAUUAGCUCACUCUGGCGCUUCGUCCGAGCGGACCGCCGGCCGGCCGACGCCGCCAAGCCUGCCGACGUCAACUCACUGGUCUGCGAAGACGAAGACGAAUGCUUUCUCACCGUCGAGUACAGAAUACACCACGACCGCAUCACGUUCUCUCUGCACGAACCGUCGCGCGGGCAGACUUUCAAAAGCGCGUUAAAGCGAGAGGUCGAAGACGAUAAACUUGCUACCACAGAAGCUCACACCAAAGUGCGCAAAGGCAAGAAGCAACAAGAUUCGCAAAAGGCUAAGAAGAAGAACACGAAAACAAGAAAAACGGAAGGCAAGGGCGUUGCGAAGGAAAGGAAUGAUUCCGGCUAUUCCAAUCGGAGACACAUUAAAAAUAAGAUAAAAGUUCGCGAAGAUAUCUCCGAAGAUGUGUCCAAUUGAUAAAAUGAAUAAAUUCCUGUUUUUUAUUUGA